GUAGUCUAUGUUUUAAUUCAAGGUAGUUGACCUGUCAAAAAUAUCGUAAAAAAUAUAAUCAUUAUAAUUUGGUCCCGUAAUCGGGGACUUAAAUAGUUUAUUUAAAUAGUUUAAUAGUAUCUAAAAUAACUGUAAAAUGGGUCAAAUUUUGGGAUCCUUUAACGCACGAAAUGUAGACUUGUACAUGAACGAUAAACCUACAUUCGAACACCAGGAAGGAUUUGAAUUCGACCGAAAACAACGAGAAAUGAUAGCUAAGGAGGAGGACUUGAUAUCAGCGCGUAUUCCGCCUAAAUUCAGAGAUUACUGUGCUCAUUAUUUACUUGACUAUCAAGUCUGCCGUUACCAGAAAAUGCCAAUGUUGUACAAGUGUGCUCACGAGAAGCAUGCAUACUUAAACUGUGAACAUGAAGAUUAUGUACUGCGCAUGAAAGAAUUUGAGCGUGAGCGUCGUCUACGGCUACGAGAGAACCGACUUGUUAGUGCUGCAUAAGUUCACAUUAUUAGAAAAUGAAUUGAAAUGUAAAUACUGAAAUAAAUAGGUUGUCGCAAUGAUUGUGCUG